ACAGUCACGAUGCCGAAGGAUGCGUGUGGAUAGAUGCGCUUGGAGUUCGUAUCAGCUGAUUGGGUGCUGACAGGCGGUGCACGAGCGGAUGUCAGCGACCUGAACGAUCACAGCGCGCUGGUGAACUGGUGACGCCGCCAGGGUGGUGCUUCUGCAGUGCGUGCAGUGCAUGACAAAAUCGUCGGGUGGGAUGCGAACUGGAUACCUUCCGGUGGAGGUAACUCAGGUGGCGUGAGCACAGUCUGGCCGAAAUAUUAUCUCGUGUUCCGACUGGAUUGCAAUAGGUCCAGUGAACUGCUAUCGAGGAUCUGCUGUUAAAAGGGCCUAGCACGAGUGUCCUAAGAAAAUCCGGAAGUCUAUAUGAAGAAGAUCUUCAGACAACCGGCGAUCUAGGAAUCUUUAGGUGCCAUUGUAAAGCAGUUUUCCGGAACUCAGCGGUCAUCAUACCAAGGCAUGCCUCGUCACUGGGUGUAUGGCGUAGUGCUGGCGCUGGUCGUCGCCCUCUGCUACCACAACGCCCUGCAGUGCGACUUCGUGUUCGAUGACGUCAGCGCGGUCAAGGACAACCGCGAUCUGCGGCCGCACACACCGCUCGCCAACCUGCUGCACAACGACUUCUGGGGCACGCCCAUGGAGAAGGAGCACUCCCACAAGUCGUACCGGCCGCUGUGUGUGCUCACCUUCCGCUGGAACUACUACCUGCACCAGCUGCGGCCCAUGGGCUACCACCUGGUCAACGUGGUCCUCCACGCGCUGGUCUGCGUCAUGUAUUUCAGGCUAUGCGCUCUGUUCGUGUCGGACGCGUGCGGCUUCCUGGCAGCCACACUGUUCGCCGUUCACCCGGUCCACACGGAAGCGGUGACAGGGGUCGUCGGCCGUGCCGAAUUGCUGUCGUCUGCGUUUUUUAUUGCGGCGUUUUUGUCUUACGUCAGGUCCACGAAGACACCACGAGGAACAGACUGGGCCUGGUUCGGCGUCACACUGGUGUGCGUCACGGCGGCCAUGCUGUGCAAAGAGCAGGGCAUCACCGUCAUCGGGGUCUGCGCCAUGUACGAGGUCUUUGUUGUCAGAAAGCUGCGGCUGGUCGGGCUGGAGUACCUGCUGCGGUCGCUGGUGAGCGGGAAGGCGCCGCCGCCCGGCUGGCUGCUGGCAGCCUCCUGCCGACUAACGGCACUGGCCACCGCGGCGCUCUGUCUGCUGGCCGCAAGAGUCCGCGUGAUGGGGGCCCGGCUGCCGGCCUUCACCAGGUUCGACAACCCGGCGGCGGCGGCCGACUGGCCGGCUCGCCAGCUCACCUACACGUACCUGGUGGGCGUCAACGGCGGCCUGCUGCUGCUGCCGCACGGCCUCUGCUGCGACUGGACCAUGGGCACCGUGCCGCUGGUGACAUCUGUCGGCGACCCGCGCAACCUGACGGCGCUGGUGUUGCUGGCCGCGCUCGGCCGUCUGCUCCGGACGGCGCUCAGCUCGCGCCACCGUCGAUCAGACGCCGUGCUCAUGGCCGUCUCGCUGCUGGUGAUGCCGUACCUGCCGGCCAGCAACCUGUUCUUUCCGGUGGGGUUCGUGGUGGCGGAGCGUGUGCUCUACAUGCCCUCCAUGGGCUUCUGCCUGCUGGUCGCCGUCGGCUUCUGCCAGGCUCAGCGUCAGUGGUAA